GAGGAGAGAGAGGGGGAGCACAUUUAAAAGUAUUUCAGAAGUACAGUUCUGUGCCUCCUGAACUCUGAGCAGGAGGAGUUGGUGAACGGAGAAGUUUUCAAGGUACCGGUCUGAAUUUGAGGACAACAUGGGCGUCUUUCUGCUUGUUGCCGUUCUUCAGCUUCUGCUCAUCCCUGCUUUAUCUCUGACUCAGCCUGUUCACGACUACUGGGGCGAGUUCGGACCAUAUGGACCCUGCAGCCGGACCUGUGGCACCGGAGUCUCCAUGAGGACCAGGAAAUGCAUCACUUCCAGAACGGAUGGAGGACACAACUGCGUGGGAUCCUCCAAGUCGUACCGCAUCUGCAACACACGAGAAUGUCCCGCUGGCUCCAGGGACUUCCGCGAGGAGCAGUGUUCUCAGUUUGACCGUUCGGACUUCCAGGGCAAAUACCACUCAUGGGUGCCCUACUAUGGAGCUCCUAACCCGUGUGAGCUGAACUGUGUGCCCAGAGGAGAGAGCUUCUCCUACAGACACAGGCCUGCAGUGGUGGAUGGGACCAAGUGUUAUAGGGGACGCAAUGACAUUUGUAUAGAUGGAGUCUGCAGGACCUACAGCCGUGGGGAGAUCAUGGGCCUGGAUGAGGAUAACACAGUACACUCCUCAGCUCCGGUGGUGGUUGCCCCUCACCCCAGAGAGACCUACACCUACGUCUAUGAAGUGGGCACGUAUGGUGCAUGUUCUGCCACCUGUAACGGGGGCAUGCAGUACCGCACGGUGGAGUGCUGGAUCCAGGACCCACAGCACCCCCGAAUGGUGGAGGAGACUUACUGCAUUACUCAGAGGUUACAGAGACCAGCGAGCCAAAAGGCCUGCAACAUGCACCCAUGUGCGGCCGAGUACAGCGUCUCCAGCUUCAGUGCGUGCUCCGUAACCUGCGGGGAGGGGCAGCAGACCCGGGAGGUGCACUGUGUGGGCCUGUCAGGAGAGCGCCUGUCAGAACACGCCUGCAGCAACCUGCCCCGACCAGAAUCUGUGCGCACGUGCCGCCGACCCUCCUGCCACACCCACAUCACCUGGCACGUUACCGACUACGGAUUGUGUACACGCAGCUGUGGAGGAGGAGUGAGGGAGAGGAGGGUGGGUUGCUUCGACACCGACCUCAACCCAUACCCAGAGGCCCAAUGUGGAGCUGAGAGCAGACCCCAGACUGUGGAGUCCUGUAACAGCCAGCCCUGCCCUGACUCCCAGAGAGUCCCAAGUGUCCAAGACCCUAGGACACAUGAAACCACCAUGCGAGGAUUUGUCCCCCAUGUCCCCGAGGACCCCACAGCGUCUAGGCCACAUGUAAACAGUCCCGAUACCUAUCCUCCUAUGGUGGUCCCACGCUGUGCCCAGACCUACUAUGGCUGCUGUCCCGACGGCGUCACCCCCGCCUCAGGGCCCAGGUAUGGGGGCUGCUACCAUGAAGACUGCGUGAGAUCUAGAUAUGGAUGCUGUCUGGACGGAGUGACCCCAGCCCAAGGGUUUGGAAGAGUGGGCUGCCCUGAGUACCAGACAACUGCGGUUUCACCCCCACCACACCCUGCAGCGCCCUCUGCAACUGACGUGUGCUCCCUGCCUCGAGAUGAAGGGCCCUGCGACACGUGGAAAAUUCGUUUCUACUACAACUCAGCCACGGGCAAAUGUACCGAGUUCUGGUACGGCAACUGCCAGGGCAACGGUAACAACUUCUUGACCCAGGAUGCGUGCCAGAGACAGUGUGGACACCUGAGGAGGGACGCCCCAGCUGCCCGAAGAGGCUCUCCCCGGGUCACAGCAGUGCAGGCGCGGGCAUAAAACAUCACUGUGAAAACUACAUCACGCACAAGCAGUGAUGGGAGGAAUAGUUUGAAAAGUAUUUAGUUACAGAAUACUGAAUACCUGAAUUAAACUGUAUUUUGUACUGUAUAUGGUCCAAACAGAGUACUGUACUCUGAAUACUCAGAAUACUUUUAUGUUGAGUUGUAUUUGAAUUAAAGUGUAAAACUGCAACAGGUUAAAUCUGCUUUAUGUUUAUCUCACAAUUUGUUAUGAAUAUUACCAAAUGAAAAGUAACUGUACCAGAAUACAGCUACUCCAAAUGGGUAUUCUGAAUAACGAUGUAUUUUUAAUACCUGAUAAGUAGCCUGUUCAUUUACCUCCCAACACUAUGUACAAGUCUGUAUGCCAGUAGAAACAUUUACUGAAAAGUGUAUUGAUACUUUACAGCUAAUGUCAUCAACAUUCCCUGGGGAAGUGAAGCUAACUAGAGACACUGCUCUGUUUGAAGUUCUGUUGCUCAAGUUACACUUUAAUCUGAGCUUUGAUUUAACACAAUCUGAUCAGACAGAACUGACUUUAAUUAGAACUGCUGUCACAUGCUAGCUACCAUUAAUCAACUGUUUUUCAGUUAUUUGUUUUCUCAUUUUUUGUUGAAAAUCACAUUGAUCACAGGCUCAUGAAAAUGUGUUGUUUAAAUCCAUUUUGUAUUUUUUGUUGUAGUAACUGCUGUAUCUUCUGCCAUAGACAUAGGACACAUGCAGUCCCCCCUGUGUGAUGUCACUGCAAAGUAUCAUUAUGAGCCAGUUGAACCAUUUACUGAAAAUGUAUAGAUCUAUCAAAUCUGGGUAUGUCUUAGCUAACAGUAUUACUUUGGGAAUAAUUAAUUAUAGUCUAUUGUGAUGGUGUAAAUUACCAAGAGUCAUAAUUAAAU